AUGUCUGGGUGCAGCGCUGGAUGUUGCCAAGUUCUCCCAGGUCGUUCCCAGCACCACAGCAGCAUCACAUCCACGGGCCCUUAUCUGUCCUCUCCCAAAUCGGCCCUUCUUCAGGAGGGACACUCUCUGUACCAGCCAACCAGUUUUCAGGAAUCAGUGACCUUCAAGGAUAUAAUAGUAGACUUUACCCAGGAAGAAUGGAAACAGUUGGAUCCUGUACAGAGAGAUUUGUUCAGAGAUGUGACAUUAGAAAACUAUACUCACCUGGUCUCAAUAGGACUUCAAGUUUCCAAACCUGAUGUCAUUUCGCAAUUAGAACAAGGAACUUGGAUCGAGGAGCCAGGCAUUUCAGUACCUACAUUUAAAGAUUGGGAGAAAGGAUCAGAAAAUAAUGUAUCAGUCCCAGGGCUGGACAUUGUGGAAGUAGAGACAUCUUCAGAGGCAAUAGCAGAAAAACACAAAAGGGAUGAUCUUUGCUGUUCCAACUUAAGUACUUGGAAACCUGGAUUAGAGAGGCAACAGGCAAACCAACGAACUCUAGAAAAUGAAGUAAAAACAACUGAAAAGACAGUAUCCACCAAUGAGAAAGGCACUAGAAAUGAGUCUGAAAAUAGCAUCAAUGUGAGUUCAAACCUCAUAACACAGCAAGAAAUACAAACAGAAGACAGCUCCACUAAAACCAAAGCCAAAAAGAAUCCAGUUAAAAAAGAGAAAACUUGUAAGUGCAAUGAAUGUGGGAAAGCUUUUAGUUAUUGUUCUGCUCUCAUUCGCCAUCAGAGAACACACACUGGAGAAAAGCCCUACAAAUGUAACGAGUGUGAUAAAGCCUUUAGCCGGAGCGAAAACCUUAUAAACCAUCAAAGAAUUCAUACUGGAGAUAAACCAUAUAAAUGUGAUCAGUGUGGGAAAGGCUUUAUUGAAGGCCCAUCUCUGAUUCAACAUCAAAGAAUUCACACUGGAGAAAAACCCUAUAAAUGUGAUGAAUGUGGGAAAGCCUUUAGUCAGAGAACCCAUCUUGUUCAGCAUCAAAGAAUUCAUACUGGGGAGAAACCGUACACUUGUAAUGUGUGUGGAAAAGCCUUUAGCCAGAGAGGCCACUUUAUGGAACACCAGAAAAUUCAUACAGGAGAAAAACCUUUCAAAUGUGAAGAAUGUGAUAAAACAUUCACUAGGAGUACACACCUCACUCAACAUCAAAAAAUUCAUACCGGAGAAAAAACCUAUAAAUGUAAUGAAUGUGGGAAGGCCUUCAAUGGGCCCUCAACAUUCAUCCGUCAUCAUAUGAUUCACACUGGUGAAAAACCAUAUGAAUGCAACGAAUGUGGGAAAGCUUUCAGUCAGCACUCAAAUCUCACUCAACAUCAGAAAACACAUACUGGGGAGAAACCAUAUGACUGUGCUGAAUGCGGGAAAUCCUUUAGUUACUGGUCAUCCCUUGCCCAACAUCUAAAAAUUCACACUGGAGAAAAGCCUUACAAAUGUAAUGAAUGUGGAAAGGCCUUCAGUUAUUGCUCAUCCCUUACCCAACACCGUAGAAUUCACACCAGAGAAAAGCCCUUCGAAUGCAGUGAAUGUGGAAAGGCUUUCAGCUAUCUCUCCAACCUCAAUCAGCAUCAGAAAACUCAUUCCCAGGAGAAAGCCUACGAAUGUAAGGAAUGUGGAAAAGCCUUUAUUCGGAGUUCUUCUCUUGCUAAACAUGAAAGGAUUCAUACCGGUGAGAAGCCCUAUCAGUGUCAGGAAUGUGGGAAAACCUUCAGUUAUGGUUCAUCUCUUAUUCAGCACAGGAAAAUACAUACUGGAGAAAGACCAUACAAGUGUAAUGAAUGUGGAAGAGCCUUCAACCAGAACAUACACCUCACACAACAUAAGAGAAUCCACACAGGAGCCAAGCCUUACGAAUGUGCUGAGUGUGGCAAAGCCUUUAGACACUGUUCGUCCCUUGCUCAACAUCAGAAAACUCACACAGAAGAAAAGCCCUUCCAGUGUAAUAAAUGUGAAAAGACUUUCAGCCAGAGCUCUCAUCUGACUCAGCAUCAACGAAUUCACACUGGAGAGAAACCCUAUAAAUGUAAUGAAUGUGACAAAACAUUUAGCCGAAGUACUCAUCUGACCGAACAUCAGAACACUCACACUGGGGAGAAGCCGUAUAACUGUAAUGAAUGCAGGAAGACUUUCAGUCAGAGCACUUAUCUCAUUCAGCACCAGAGAAUUCAUUCAGGAGAGAAGCCUUUCGGCUGUAAUGAUUGUGGAAAAGCUUUCAGGUACCGUUCUGCUCUCAACAAACACCAGAGACUGCACCCUGAGGUUUCUAAGGACAUCAUAAAUGUAGGUGAUAUACUACUCUAGUAGGACUUUCCUAAGUACUGACGAUUCAGAGUGGAUUUUGGAAUGGCUUAAAAUAACUGUGUGUUCUAGUGUGGAAUGGAAAGUACACUGGGAUGAACUUAAGCCAAUUACACUGUUAAAACAAUUAUGUUCCAUUGGAAAA